CCAUCCCUUUCUCAGUUUCUCUCACCUUGCAUUGCAGUUGCACCUUUCAGUUCUUUGUGGAAAUCCAAAUCUUUUCCUGUGUGAUCCAAAACUACCCUUUCACCAAAAAAAAUACCCCUAGAGACCCUAGUACAUGAAAAAAUAAUAAUAGUUAGCAGUAAUUAAAAAAUAGAACCUUUGUUGUUUCGUGCUUUAAUUUGGGCACGGGACUUGAACCCCCUUCCCUUUUUGCCUUCAUAUAUCAUAUAUAUUCCCAAAACACAGAACGCACUUUUGUUGUAUAUAUCAAUCAUCACUAGCCAUUAGCCACCGUAUACUAUCGAGUGAGGCAGCGAUUCAAUUUCAAAGCUACAUAGAGAAGAGAGACACAACACAACAUUUUUCACAUAUAAUAAAAAGGAACAUCAAAUUCCACCCACCUCACCCACUAUCACUAAACCUAUAGUCUCUGAUUAUUGAUCUCUCUCUGCAUAAGCUUCCCAUAUUUUUUUUAAGUCUAUGAACAACUAUUUAAAUGUAUGAAGAAAUAAUUUCAUUGAACUUUCUAGUUAUGAAGCUCAAACACAAAUUUGAAAUUAUCUGACAUGCCAUGGGGUAACAUUAAAUGUUUGAUAUAAAAUGAUGCGUUUACAUUCAAAAAGCAAGAAAUGCACCUAAGUUUAUACUGACAUUAAAAUUUGAGGUAUUCUGUCAUGGACACUGUCAUGAUUUCUCAUGGGAUUGGGAAUUUCUCAUGGGAUUGGGAAUAUGGUCAAACUAAUCCUUAUACAACUAGGGCAAUCCUCUCAUGCUGAACUCGUGCUUGAGGUUAAGAUGGCAGGUUCUGCAAAACAUCAUGCUAUAGAGUUCAGUUUUGGGAUGAAGGGAAUGCAUCAAGAUCUCAUAUCAGCUAGGAAUAUGGCCAAAUACUCCUUAAUAGUGGUUAGAUGGGAAUCAUAAGUCAUAGGAAGCAUAUCAUGUCAUACUGCCGAUUUUAAUAUAGUAUCAUGGAAGUACUUCCUUGUUCUGGUGUUCAGUAUGCUGGGGGAUCUGAUUGCUCUCAGCCAAGUUUAGGAACAACUUUUGUAAACCAGGGAGAAAGUGGUGAUCAGGCUAAAUUGGAAGAUGAUCAACUGAAUGACUCAUUACGAACGGAAGGGCCUCAGCUAGAAAGACAAGGCCAAACGCAACAGAUUGUUUGUGAACCCUUGACUAAUAUAGCUUGCCAAUGUGGUGGAUCUUCAUGUUGUGACUGCCAAGUGGAAGGCCAGAAGGAAUCCAUUAGUUUCCAUGAUGUUGAAGAUGAUGGAAUAAACAAGCCUUGCUUAGCCUUUGAAAACUCUGGCUCUAUUCCAGAUACAAAUGAAAGUGAAUCACCAAAUGGUAGUAGGGAAGUAGAGCUGUCAUUUUCUGAACCCACCUGGCUGAAGGGAGAUGAGCCUGUGGCAUUGUGGGUCAAGUGGAGAGGGAACUGGCAGGCUGGUAUCAAAUGUGCAAGGGCUGACUGGCCAUUAUCAACUUUAAAAGCAAAACCAACUCAUGACCGGAAGAAAUAUUUUGUUAUAUUUUUUCCUCACACAAGGAAUCAUUCUUGGGCUGAUAUGCUGCUUGUUCGAUCAAUUUAUGAGUUUCCCCAGCCUAUUGCACACAAAACUCAUCAAGCAGGAUUGAAAAUGGUAAAAGAUUUGACUGUUGCACGGCGGUUUAUAAUGCAAAAGCUAACCAUUGGUAUACUGAGCAUUGUUGAUCAGCUUCAUCCUAAUGCCUUGCUAGAAACUGCUCGUGAUGUGAUGGUUUGGAAGGAGUUUGCUAUGGAGACUUCUCGUUGUAACAGUUAUUCAGAUUUUGGCAGAAUGCUUCUAAAGUUACUAAAUAGCAUAGUGAAGCACUACACAGAUGCUGACUGGAUACAACAUUCAUCUUACUCUUGGGCUGAACGAUGCCAGACUGCAAAUAGUGCUGAAUUGGUAGAGCUACUGAAGGAGGAAUUGUCUGAUUCUAUUUUGUGGAAUGAUGUCAAUGCUCUUUGGGAUGCACUGGUGCAAUCAACAUUAGGUUCUGAGUGGAAAACCUGGAAGCAUGAUGUGAUGAAAUGGUUUUCCACAUCACCUUCCUUUUCUAGCAGCAAGGAUAUGAAUCAAAUGACCUCUGAUGGGUUGUUCCAAGUAAGCCUUCAGGUUGGUAGAAAAAGGCCCAAACUUGAAGUUCGUCGUGCAGAUACGCAUGCUACACUGGUGGAAACAAAAGGUUCAUAUCAGCAAAUUACUCUUGAAACUGACCCAGGUUUCUAUAGGAGUCAGGACAUAUUGAAUACAUUAGCAGCUGAGACCUCUACACACAAAGAUAUUAAGGAGGUACCUGUGGCAACUAGUAAUUUGACCAAUAAAUGGAAUGAAAUUGUAGUUGAGGCUACUGAUUCUGAGAUGUUGCAUGGAAAUGGAAUGGAGCCAACACCUAUGAAUGAGAUGGCUGGUAAAAAAAUUGUAGAACCUGGUGCUAAGAAUCGGCAAUGCAUAGCUUAUGUUGAAGCGAAGGGAAGACAAUGUGUGAGAUGGGCAAAUGACGGUGAGGUAUAUUGUUGUGCGCAUUUGUCAUCUCAUUUUUUGGGAAGCUUAGGGAAAGCCGAAAAACCUGUUUCAGUUGAUACUCCAAUGUGUGGAGGUACAACUGUUCUUGGUACUAAGUGUAAGCAUCAUGCCCUUCCUGGCUCUUCAUUCUGUAAGAAACAUCGUCCCCAUGCUGAAACAAAUGAGAUCUCAAAUUUAACCCAUAAUACACUGAAGAGAAAACAUGAAGAAAAUCACAUUGGUUCAGGGGGCUUGAUCAGCAAAGACAUGGUAUUGAUAAAUGCUGAAAGUUCAUUGCAAGUAGAACCAGUGCCUGCCAUUGAUGGUGAUUCCUUCCUUGGAAGAAGCAACUUAGAUGAGAGGCCUGCCCUUUCUGGCAAUGAUCAGAUUGCAAUGGAGGUACUUCACUGUAUAGGUUCUCCUCCUUAUGAUGACAAGGACCCCUGUUUGGAAGAACCAAAGAGGUAUUUCUUGUAUUGUGAGAAGCACCUUCCAAGCUGGCUAAAACGUGCAAGAAAUGGAAAGAGUAGGAUAAUAUCAAAAGAAGUGUUCACAGAAAUUUUAAGGGACUGCUGCUCAUGGAAGCAAAAGGUGCACCUGCAUAAAGCAUGUGAGCUUUUUUACAGGCUAUUCAAAAGCAUUUUGUCACAAAGAAGCCCAGCUUCUAAGGAAGUUCAGUUCAAGCAGGCUUUAACUGAAGCCUCAAAAGAUACUAGUGUUGGGGAAUUCCUUAUGAAGUUGGUUCAUAGUGAAAAGGAGAGAAUUGAAUUGAUCUGGGGAUUCAAUGAUGACAUAGAUGUAUCCUCACUCGUGGAAGGUCCACCUCUCGUUCCUUCCACAGAUAAUGACAGCUUUGAUAAUGAAAAUGUCAUUAAGUGUAAGAUUUGCUGUGCAAAAUUUCCUGAUGACCAAACUCUUGGUAACCAUUGGAUGGACAACCAUAAAAAGGAAGCACAGUGGCUGUUCAGAGGUUAUGCUUGUGCCAUUUGUCUGGAUUCUUUUACAAACAAGAAGCUAUUGGAAGCCCAUGUUCAGGAGAGACACCGUGUGCAAUUUGUUGAACAGUGCUUGCUUCUCCAAUGCAUUCCUUGUGGUAGUCAUUUUGGAAAUAUGGAGCAGUUAUGGCUGCAUGUUCUAUCAGUCCACCCUGUUGAAUUCAAGCCACUGAAAGCUCCUGAGCAGCAAACUUUGCCUUGUGAGGACUCUCCGGAAAAUCUUGACCAGGGAAAUUCAGCUUCUUUGGAGAAUAAUUCUGAGAAUCCAGGUGGUUUGCGGAGGUUUGUUUGCCGGUUUUGUGGGUUAAAAUUUGAUUUACUACCUGACCUGGGUCGCCAUCAUCAAGCUGCUCAUAUGGGCCGCAAUUUAGGUACCAGCCGCUCUACAAAAAGGGGAGUUCGUUAUUAUACGCAUAGAUUAAAAUCUGGCAGACUUAGCCGUCCUAGAUUUAAAAAUGGUUUGGCAGCAGCAUCAUUUAGAAUUAGGAAUAGGGCUAAUGCUAAUUUAAAGAGACACAUUCAGGCAACAAAGUCACUUGACAUGGUGGAAAGAAAGAUAAAACCUCAUGUAACUGAGACAGGAAAUAUUGGUAAGUUGGCAGAAUAUCAAUGCUCGGCAGUUGCAAAGAUUUUAUUUUCUGAGAUUCAGAAGACUAAACCACGGCCUAACAAUCUUGAUAUCUUGUCAAUUGGUCGUUCUGUAUGCUGUAAAGUUAGUCUUAAAGCCUCACUGGAGGAGAAAUAUGGAAUUUUGCCUGAAAGGCUCUAUUUGAAGGCAGCAAAACUUUGCAGCGAUCAUAACAUUCAGGUGGGUUGGCACCAGGAUGGGUUCAUUUGUCUUAGGGGUUGUAAGGUUUUGAAGGACCAAAGGGAUCUCUCUCCCUUAGCAUCUCUUCCUAAUGGUUUCCUAAAGCCAAAAUCAGUAAUUUUAUCAGAUCCUGUUUGUGACGAGUUGGAGGUGGAUGAGUUUCAUUACAUCAUUGAUUCACAACAUUUAAAAGUAGGGUCCUUACAAAAGGUUACUGUCUUGUGUGAUGACAUAAGCUUUGGGAAGGAAUCAAUUCCAGUGAUUUGUGUAGUAGAUCAAGAUAUUCUAAACUCUCUUCUUAGGCAUGGGUCCGUUGAGGAAGAUAUAAAUCUCUCUAGGCCUUGGGAGAGCUUUACUUAUGUUACAAAGCCAAUGCUUGAUCAAUCACUUAGCCUUGAUACUGAGAGUCUGCAACUAAGAUGUGCUUGCUCAUUUUCUGCCUGCUGUCCUGAAACGUGUGAUCAUGUCUACCUUUUUGAUAAUGACUAUGAUGAUGCAAAAGACAUAUUUGGGAAACCAAUGCGUAGUAGGUUCCCAUAUGAUGAGAAUGGUCGAAUAAUAUUGGAGGAAGGUUACCUUGUGUAUGAAUGUAACCAGAUGUGCAAAUGCAAUAAAACCUGUCCAAACAGAAUAUUGCAGAAUGGAAUACGGAUUAAAUUGGAAGUCUUUAAAACAGAAAAGAAGGGAUGGGCUGUAAGGGCUGGUGAGGCUAUCCUUCGUGGAACAUUUGUGUGUGAGUACAUUGGAGAGGUUUUAGAUAAGCAGGAGGCACAAAACCGGCGCAAAAGAUACGGCAAAGAACACUGCAGUUAUUUCUAUGACGUUGAUGAUCAUGUUAAUGAUAUGGGUAGAUUGAUUGAAGGACAGGCCCAUUAUGUCAUUGAUACAACUAGAUUUGGAAAUGUCUCUAGGUUCAUCAAUAACAGCUGCUCGCCCAAUCUUGUGAGUUACCAAGUUCUUGUAGAGAGCAUGGAUUGUGAGCGUGCACAUAUUGGUCUUUACGCAAAUCGAGAUAUUGCUUUGGGAGAAGAAUUGACAUAUAAUUAUCAUUAUGAUCUUUUACCUGGAGAGGGAUCUCCUUGCCUUUGUGGUUCCGCCAAGUGCUGGGGACGUCUGUACUAGAACCUCAGCAUCCAUGCUGUGUUAUUUUAAGAUAGUCCAAUUUGGGUAGCAAAUGAUUCACUCAACAUUUCAACAUUCCAAUGAGGAAAUCAUGCCUACCUAACUUUGAAGUGUUACUGUCUUGAUCUCUCUAACAGAUGGCACUAGCUAAGGCAUCUAUAUAAAGCAAGGUAUUAAAUUGCUAAAUGUCUAUACCAAACUUGACCGUGAUCUAGUGAUUAAGGAUUUUUUGCUGUGUAAAAUUUCCCUCCCCCUUUCGCUCUCUAAGUUUUUGUAGCUAGGUGCACUUUUGUUUUCUUUUCUCUUCCUUUCUAAUUUUCUCCAUCCAAGUGCAUGUAUUCAUCAAAUAAUUAGGGAAGAACCAUUUGUUCCUAGCUCCUCACCAAAUUAAUGAAGUUCAAGGGAAAGGAAGAGACUUUCUUUGUGUCAGCAUCAUUGAUAGUGGUGUAGGAAUGCAAAUAUGACCAAAGGUGUUUAACUUACCUCCCUUUGUUUUGUCGGCUAAAUUACUUAUUUUUAAGGGUUAAAUAUGUUUUUUUGUCUAUUAACCUUUUGCAACUUCUAGUUUUUGUCUCUAAACUUUUUGAUGAUCAGUCAAUGUUAUUUCAACUUUUUUUUGAGUCA